AUGUUUUACAAUUAUAAAACAAUUAAGUUAUUCAUUUCUAACUCUCACAACUUAUCAGGUUCGGAGGGGCAGAAAGGCCAGAGGGGGAGCAAGGGAGACAGAGGGGAACGUGGAGCGAAAGGUGAAGUUGGUCCAAUGGGUCCCCCUGCCUUUGUAGGGAAUCUACCUGCUAAUCUCGUAAUGAAAUCGAAGCCAAAAGUUGCAUUUUCGGUAGUCAGUCGUUUGAAACUUGGACCCGUCGCAUCCGAUACGGCCAUAAUAUUCGAUACAGUUUUCAUCAACGAAGGUAACGGGUUUGAUUCGAGUACGUCAAAGUUCAUUUGUCCGGUUGGCGGAUCGUAUUUGUUCAGUGCCCACAUUCUGAGUCAACUUCAGUUGGACGUGUACGCCUGGAUCAUGUUAAACGACAAACACCAACUCCCACUGCACGGGAACGGAAGAGCUGGACAUGGCAGCGACAGUCAGACAAUUAUUUUGCCUUUAAAAGCAGGUGAUAAGGUCUGGGUGCUGAUCAACAAAGAUUCGGCCACUUUCAAUGAUUACUCAACUUUUUCAGGCUUUUUGUUGUAUGAAAGUGAAUACAAUGAUUAA